UGCUUUAUGUAAAGGAGGAAAUGAAAAGAAACGAGCUGCCAGAGCCAGCGGUGAUUGGUCUCCUGUGGACCUGUGUCAUGAAUGCUGUGGAAUGGAACAAGAAGGAAGAGCUGGUUGCAGAGCAAGCCCUCAAACAUCUAAAGCAAUAUGCCCCCCUGCUUGCUGUGUUCAGCACUCAAGGCCAGUCAGAGUUGAUUCUUCUCCAGAAGGUGCAGGAGUACUGUUAUGACAACAUCCACUUCAUGAAAGCCUUUCAGAAGAUAGUGGUACUCUUCUAUAAAGCUGAUGUUCUGAGUGAAGAAGCUAUCCUCAAGUGGUAUAAAGAAGCGCACGUUGCUAAAGGCAAAAGUGUUUUCCUUGACCAGAUGAAGAAAUUUGUGGAGUGGCUGCAAAAUGCUGAAGAAGGUAAUGAUUCAUUUGAGGAAUCUGAAGGGGAGGAGAACUGAGGCGGUUCAACAAAAGCACGGUCUCAAUCUAGGUUAAUGCCAAAUGUGCUUGAGAAAGCCAUACUGCUCAAGCAGAGGCUUUACUUCAGUGUCAUACAGAAAACUAUAGGCUAGGCUUUCCUUUUGUUUAGAAGAAUAAAGGUUUUUAAUGGAGCCCUGAGGCAUUAGAUGCUUUACUUGGGACUCUACCUCUGGCUCACUGUACACUAACUUAGGCAAAGACGUUCAGCAAGGAGCCAUAUAGAAAAAGUGAAAUGAAAUACCUAUGGACUCCUUUUUAUUAACGGUCUUUUUCAGGUACUACGGUAUAUGAACACUCCACUUUCUGUUUAUAGAACUGUUUGGUCCGUGUUUGUAGCUCAAUAUUGGCUUGUGUAUGUGAUUUGACACCACCACAUUUUUUUGAAUAAAUGGCUUUUAUAUC